UUGUCCUCCCAAACUCUUUCAGACAUUUUGAGCAGAGAGUAUUAAAGCUAUGAGUUAGCAAGGGUUGUGACAUUAAUGGUCCAGAAAAGCUUUAGGCACGAGAGGCAAUGAUGAUUACCCGUGGCUAUUUGGAGGACUGCACUGGAUCGCUGUCAUUAAAAAUUAAGCGUGGCUUUUGAGGAAGAUGUGACAACUACCGGAGGUCUUUUCGCCAUUCCUCCAGGACUUCCACUGUAAGGAAAACAGCCCCUGGACCAACAUCCUCUAAGAUGUUUAUAUGGACCAGUGGCCGGACCUCUUCAUCUUAUAGACACGAUGAGAAAAGAAAUAUUUACCAAAAAAUCAGGGACCACGACCUCCUGGACAAAAGGAAAACUGUCACAGCACUGAAAGCAGGAGAGGACCGGGCCAUUCUCCUGGGACUGGCCAUGAUGGUCUGCUCCAUCAUGAUGUACUUUCUGCUGGGAAUCACACUCCUGCGCUCAUACAUGCAGAGCGUGUGGACUGAGGAGUCUCAAUGCACCUUGGUGAAUGCGUCCAUCACAGAAACAUUUAACUGCUCCUUCAGCUGUGGUCCAGACUGCUGGAAACUCUCUCAGUACCCCUGCCUCCAGGUGUACGUUAACCUGACUUCUUCUGGUGAAAAGCUCCUUCUCUACCACACCGAAGAGACCAUGAAAAUCAAUCAGAAGUGCUCCUAUAUACCUAAGUGUGGAAAAAAUUUUGAAGAAUCCAUGUCCCUGGUGAAUGUUGUCAUGGAAAACUUCAGGAAGUAUCAACACUUCUCCUGCUAUUCUGACCCAGAAGGAAACCAGAAGAGCGUCAUCCUCACCAAACUCUACAGUUCCAACGUGCUGUUCCAUUCACUGUUCUGGCCAACAUGUAUGAUGGCUGGGGGCGUGGUGAUUGUAGCCAUGGUGAAACUCACACAGUACCUCUCCCUGCUCUGUGAGAGGAUCCAACGGAUCAAUAGAUAAAAGCAAAAGGGAUGAGAUCAUUUUCUUUAAAGCUCAAAUACUGUUUUCUUUCAUUCUUCACCAAAGAACCUUAAGUUUGUAAUGUGCAGUCUGUUAUGAGUUCCUUAAUAUAUUCUUAUAUGUAGAGCAAUAAUGCAAAAGCUGUUCUAUAUGCAAACAUGAUGUCUUUAUUAUUCAGGAGAAGAAAUAACUGUUUUGUGUUGGUUGGUUGUUUUCAUUAUCUUGUUUUGAUGCUGGAACUAGUACUUCCUUCUCUCGUUCCGCCAAAACAGGGCUCAGUUAUUCAUUUGCCAAGCUUUGUGGAGGAAUGUAGACAAUAUCAACGCGAUAAGGUCUGUGUUCUCAAUUGUUAGAUCUCUUGAAGACAUUUCUGCAAUAUUUUUCAUCAUUCAUUGUUUACUAAAGCUGCAGCCAAAAAUGUUCUUUCUUUUCUUACUCAAAACUGAGCCCUGUAGCAAGUGAAGGGACCAGAUUUCCUAACUAAAGGAUGUUAAGCAUUUUCCUUAUAUUUCUACCAUAUCACUGUAAAGAAGGGAGAAAACCCAGACAGUUAUUUCUCUUUUAUUAUUUUCUAUUCAUAACUUCAGAUUUUUUAACUGAUUUCCAAAAAUAAGCUGUUUUCAUCAACUGAUUCUAUAAUCUCUUCCUGUGAUUUAAAUAGAAAAUGAACAGAUCCCUUUUCCAUUUAAGACCCUGCUACUGUGUGAGGAGAUAACACUUACAAAGAGUUUCAUUACCUGUGAAUUGACUGAAUGUUGAGUAGGUGCACCACUGCAAUCCAGGAAAGUCUAUGUCACUAAGAUUUUUAUGUGAAAAUCCUUAUUCUAUUUCAAGUCAACUGUUAGAUGGUAAAAUUAAGAUCCUACUUGCUGGCCAAGACUGGUAGACUGAUUUCAGUGGGUAAAUCUACUGUGGCAAAUUAACAUAUUGCAAUGUUACUCUUUGGGAAUUUAUGUUUAACUUAACGAGUAUGUAGUCUCUCUUUCUGACAAGUGUUCCCCAUUGGGAUUUUAAAACUAUGUGCACAGAAUAUUUGUCUCCUCUACAUGUUUUAUUUUUCUAUUUACAAUUCUCUUAUUUUUUGCUAGAUUUUAUACACAGAGUAGACUUUUUUCCUAACACACACUUUAAAUGAAUAACAGCUCUAAAGGAAGACUUUGUUCA